AGCGCGUCAGCUCCGUUGGCGCGAAAGUCGGUUCGCGGUCUCAGUUAUUUCCGUGUUGUGCCUCGGCCUCGGGCUUGGGGCGCCGCCGGGGACUUUCAGAGGCCGGCGGGGGUCGCGCCUUUCUAGCCCCAGUCCCCCGCCGACGUUCUGUGGGCCGCGAGUCCCCCACUCUCCGCCGGAAGACCCCCAGCCUCCACCGCGGUGAGCUGAGGCGCGGAGGAAGGCCACAGCCCAGCCGGCAGUCGUGAAGCCUUCUUUGGCCUUCGGGGCCCUCGGACCGCCGGGUGGGAACGUGCGUCGGCGAGCACAGGGCUGCGGCGGGGCCGAGAGCCGGGCCUUUCCUUGGGAGCUGCGGAGCAAGGCAUACGGCCUUUUAGGUGUUCAAAAAUGUCCAGAAAUGACAAGGAACCGUUCUUUGUGAAGUUUUUAAAGUCUUCUGACAAUUCUGAAUGUUUUUUUAAAGCUCUUGAGUCAAUAAAAGAGUUCCAAUCAGAAGACUAUCUUCAGAUUAUUACAGAAGAGGAGGCAUUGAAAAUAGAGGAGAGUGAUAGAUCGCUUUAUAUCUGCGAUCCUUUUAGUGGUGUUGCCUUUGAUCACCUCAAAACGCUUGGCUGCAGAAUUGUUGGUCCUCAAGUAGUCAUAUUUUGUAUGCACCACAACCGAUGUGUCCCAAGAGCUGAACAUCCGGUUUAUAAUAUGGUUAUGUCUGAUGUAACUGUAUCUUGUACAAGCCUGGAGAAAGACAAAAGGGAAGAAGUUCAUAAAUAUGUACAAAUGAUGGGUGGACGCGUAUACAGAAACCUUAAUAUAUCAGUAACUCAUCUUAUUGCAGGAGAAGUUGGUAGCAAGAAAUACUUAGUUGCUGCAGGCCUAAAGAAACCUAUUUUGCUUCCUUCUUGGAUAAGAACGCUUUGGGAGAAGUCACAAGAGAAAAAAAUAGCUAGAUAUACUGAUAUAAGCAUGGAAGAUUUCAAGUGUCCUAUUUUUCUUGGUUGCAUUAUCUGUGUGACUGGAUUGUGUACCUUAGACAGGAGGGCAGUUCAGCAACUCACAGUUAAGCAUGGAGGUCAAUACAUGGGCCAGUUGAAAAUGAAUGAAUGUACACACCUUAUUGUACAAGAACCAAAAGGUCAGAAAUAUGAAUGUGCCAAGAGAUGGAAUGUACACUGUGUGACCACAAAAUGGUUUUUUGACAGUGUUGACAAAGGUUUUUGUCAGGAUGAAUCCAUAUACAAGACAGAACCUAGGCCAGAAGCGAAGAUUAUGCCUGAUACUUCGACUCCUGCUGGCCAGAUGAACACAAUUGAUAGUCAUACUCUUUCAGAUGCCAGCCAUAUUUCCACCAUCAGUGCAAGUUGCAUAAAUGAAUCAAUAUGUAAUUCAGUUCUUAAUGGCAAAGUGGAGGCUACACUUGCAAAUCUAGAAAGUCUGGAUGUCAGUGCAUUUCAAGCACCUGAAGAUUUAUUAGAUGGUUGUCGGAUAUAUCUUUGCGGUUUCAGUGGGAGAAAGCUAGAUAAACUCAGAAGGCUUAUUAACAGUGGAGGUGGAGUUCGUUUCAAUCAGCUCAAUGAAGAUGUAACUCAUGUUAUUGUGGGAGAUUUUGAUGAUGAAUUGAAGCAGUUUUGGAAUAAAUCAGCCCACAGGCCUCAUGUAGUGGGAGCAAAAUGGUUGCUAGAGUGUUUUAGUAAAGGUUAUAUGCUUCCUGAAGAGCCAUAUAUUCAUUGGAACUACCAGCCAGUGGAAAUUACAGUUUCAGAUCAACCUGCAGUUAAAACAGCCCUUUUAAAAAAACCCACCAGCUUCUCUCAGAAAGACAUUGCUUCUAAUGAAAAGCAUAAGCAAACUGAUGAAGAUCUGCUCUCUCAGUAUGUAAAUAAACUGCCAAUAGGUAAGAAAGUAACUUGUGUAGACUAUCAGACUUUAAUUGAUCCAAGGUCAAGUCCUCUCUUCACACCAGUCCCAGUAAUGACAGGAAGGACUCCUUUAGAGGAUUGUGUUAUUUCAUUCAGCCAGUGUGCAGGAGCAGAAAAAGAUUCAUUGACAUUCUUAGCAAAUCGCCUUGGAGGAAGUGUUCAAGAAUUCUUUGUUCGCAAGUCCAAUGCAAAAAAAAACCUGUUUGCCAGUACACAUCUUAUAUUGAAAGAACCAAGUGGUUCUAAAUAUGAAGCAGCCAAGAAAUGGAAUUUACCGGCAGUUGCUAUAGCUUGGCUGUUGGAAACUGCUAGAAUGGGAAAGAAAGCAAAUGAAAGCCAUUUUCUCAUUGAAAAUUCACCUAAAGAAGAACAAAGUUUGGAGACUGAAAUAACAAAUGGAGUGAAUCCAAAUCCAGAUUCUUCAGAGCAUCCUGUCACAUACCUGGAAACUCUCAGAAAAACAGCCAUUACACCUUUAGAUAUGAACCGCUUUCAGAGUAAAGCAUUCCAUGCUGUGAUCUCACAACACACCGGCCAGGUUCCAGUCUCCCCAGCAGUAGGACAGCCACUUCAGAAGGAACCCUCAUUACACCUGGAUACACCAUCAAAAUUUCUGUCUAAGGACAAACUCUUCAAGCCUUCCUUUGAUGUGAAGGACGCACUUGCAGCCUUGGAAACUCCAGGAGGCCCCAGCCAACAGGAAAGGAAACUGAGUACACCACUCUCAGAAGUCAUUAUCAGAAACUUGAACCUUGCUUUGGCAAAUAGCUCUCGAAAUGGUGUUGAUGCUGUCGCUCUGUCUGCUAGCCCUCAACUGAAGGAUUCCCAAACAGAGAAGGAAGAAGCUCCAAAGCCACUUCACAAGGUGGUGGUGUGUGUGAGUAAAAAACUCAGUAAGAAGCAGAGUGAACUACAUGGGAUCGCAGCCUCCCUGGGAGCAGAUUACAGAUGGAGUUUUGAUGAAACAGUGACUCAUUUUAUCUAUCAAGGCCGACCAAAUGACACUAACCGAGAAUAUAAAUCUGUAAAAGGAAAAGGAGUACAUGUUGUUUCAGAGCACUGGCUUUUAGAAUGUGCCCAAGAGCAUAAACAUCUUCCUGAAUCUCUUUAUCCGCAUACUUACAAUCCCAAAAUGAGCUUGGAUAUCAGUGCAGUACAAGAUGGCAAACUCUGUCACAAUCGUCUACUCUCAGCCGACUCAGCAACGAAGGGUGAAGAGCCAGAUCAUUUGCCUGUAGAAGAAAAUGACAUAGGCAAUAUGACCUCCAGUAAUAAAGAAACAGCAACAUCAAAUGGAAAUGGAAGGAGUAACUUUAAAGGAGCUCUGACACAGACACUGGAAAUGAGAGAGAACUUCCAAAAGCAGCUGCAGGAGAUAAUGUCCGCGACAUCUAUAGUGAAACCCCAGGGGCAAAGGACUUCUCUUUCAAGAAGUGGUUGUAACAGUGCUUCUUCAACCCCUGACAGCACUCGCUCAGCCCGCAGUGGACGGAGUAGAGUCCUAGAGGCCCUGAGGCAAUCUCGUCAAAUAGUACCUGAUAUCAACACAGAGCCCUCCCAAAAUGAACAAAUCAUUUGGGAUGACCCUACAGCCAGGGAGGAGAGAGCAAGGCUUGCCAGCAAUUUGCAGUGGCCUAGUUGUCCCACCCAAUAUUCUGAGCUUCAAGUUGACAUUAAAAAAUUGGAGUAUUCUCCUUUCCAGGAGCCAUUACACGAUUCAGAAAUUGCUGAACAGGCUAUCUGUGAUCCUGGAAACAUAUGUGUGGCUGAAGCUCCAAAACAUGUGAUCUCUGAAGAACUGGAAACUCCUAUAAAAGACAGCCAUCUUAUCCCUACACCUCAGGCCCCCAGUAUUGCCUUCCCACUAGCCAACCCACCUGUGGCUCCACACCCUAGAGAAAAGAUUAUGACAAUAGAAGAGACUCAUGAAGACUUAAAAAAACAGUACACAUUUCAGUUGUCAUCUCUUAAUCCUCAGGAACGUAUUGAUUAUUGUCAUCUAAUUGAAAAACUAGGUGGAUUAGUGAUAGAGAAGCAGUGCUUUGAUCCCAACUGUACACACAUUGUCGUGGGACAUCCACUUCGAAACGAGAAGUAUUUAGCCUCAGUAGCAGCUGGGAAGUGGGUGCUUCAUCGCUCCUACCUUGAGGCAUGCAGGAUUACUGGGCGCUUUGUGCCGGAAGAAGACUAUGAAUGGGGAACUAGUUCCAUACUUGAUGUUUUGACUGGAAUCAGUGUACAGCAACGAAGACUAGCACUUGCAGCAAUGAGAUGGAGAAAAAAAAUUCAGCAAAGACAAGAAUCAGGCAUUGUUGAGGGAGCAUUUAGUGGGUGGAAAGUUAUCUUACAUGUUGAUCAGUCCCGAGAAGCAGGAUUCAAACGCCUUCUUCAGUCUGGAGGAGCAAAAGUGCUACCUGGUCAUUCUGUACCUUUAUUUAAAGAAGCCACACAUCUCUUUUCUGACUUUAAUAAACUAAAACCAGAUGACUCAGGACUUAAUAUAGCAGAAGCUGCUGCCCAGAAUGUGUACUGCUUGAAAACAGAAUACAUUGCUGAUUAUCUUAUGCAGGAAUCCCCUCCUCCAGUAGAAAAUUACUGUCUACCAGAAGCUGUAAGUAAAGAAGUCUUAUUAUUCCUUGGACCUAAUAGUGUUUUCUCCUUUCCUCCAAUGGACAAAAAUAAAACCAAACAACCUAGAGUGAACUAA